CAGAAGUACAUAUAAGCGCUGUUGUUUUUAUUUUUUGUCUAGCUGGUAGCAGGAAAAUGGCAGAAUUGUAGUUAAACAGUACAUAUGUACAAUGCGUAUUGGUUUAAUUUUAGCAAUGUUAUAUUUUAUUUUAUAAAAUAUUUGUUCCAUUAAGAUGAUUGGGCUUCUACCAUUUUUCGUAAUCUUUCUGGUUUCAUCCGGAAUAGAUAGUUCUAAAUUUCACUGCGUUAACAAUUACGAUAUUAUUUCACAUGAACAAGAAAUAAAUGAAUUGGAAAUUGGAUUACAAAUGACCAAUCGACCUCUACACCAGGUGAUGACGCGUAUAUUCUUUAUGUUUUUAAAAGAUGUGUUGGGUUACAGAAAUGUUCGAAUUGUUCCGAUUAAUACUUAUAAUGCAUGGACGACGCUGGAUUUAGUUAGACGAGAUAAUAGGUAUCCAAAUAUCAGUAUGAUUAAUUUACAAGCUUGGAUGCCAUAUACUUUUGGUGCUUUACCUGAAAAUGUUUUGGAUGCGGGUGCCUCUAUGACGCUUGGUCGCUUUGGCUGGUUUGUACCAAAAUCACAAAAUACAAAGGACAUGAUUUCAUACCAAAGCUUACAUUACGAAAUCUUUAAAAAUGUCAACAACACAUAUUAUGAUCUUUAUAUAAUGGAAGACAGCGUGAUAAAUAGACUUCUACAAUUUAGCAGUGCUCAGAUGUACAGAAAUCCCAUCUGCGUUGGAUACAAAUGUGUAACAAUAUUAGCAGAGUUCAGAAACGAUUCCAGUUUUGUUCAGGAUCAGUUGGAUGAAACUGCCAUGAUGGUUAAUGUACUUUGGAUUGGUGAAAGGUUUAGAGAGACAAUUUCAUGGCUUAUCAAGGAUUACGAACAGAAAUUUUCCAAUGGAUCAAAACGAUUUAUAAUUUUGCAUUGGUCGCCAUCCGAAAUAAUUGAUGGCCAAAACACGUUUCAACAAAUUACAAUGCCAAGAUGUGAAGAUUUUACAUGCUUGCAGCGCUCAGGUUGCAAAUAUGAGCUUACUCCCAUUUUAAAAUACUAUGCUAAGAGUUUGGAAUCUGACAAGCAACUUAUGUAUGCACUUCGGUAUUUUUAUUUAUCUGACAAGCAUUUGGCAAAUAUAAGAGAGGAUCUAAAGUACUAUCGAAACGAUCUAAGUAUUACUGCUACUGAAAUUUACGAUAAAGUUGCAUGCCAUUGGAUUUUGACAAAUAGAAACUAUUACAAUUUGUGGAAGGAAAGCAAUCAACAUAUUACUCUAUUUAUCGGUGGCAUAUUUCCAAUUAAUAUAACCAAUAGAGGACAUGAAAAUGUUAUAAAUGUUGCAAAACAGGCUGCAUCAGCAAUUAAUAAAGACCAGACAAUACUGCCUGGCUAUCAUUUGGAAAUCUUGGUAAACGAUGGGCAAUGCAAGUCGGACAUGGUCAUGAAGUCCUUUAUACACUAUUACAAUGUUCCAAAUAUGCUGGGUGUUUUAGGUCCAGCGUGUAGCGAAACAGUAGAGCCAAUUGCUGGUAUUUCAAAACACAUGAACAUGAUGAUAAUGUCCUAUUCGGCGGAGGGUGCUACCUUUAGUAACCACAAAGCCUAUCCUUAUUUUUUUCGUACAAUUGGCUCAAAUAUGCUGUUUGUUGAUGCAUAUCUCGAUAUCAUGGAGCAAUGUAAAUGGAGUCGUGUUGCAUCUUUAACAGAAGAUGAAUCCAAUGAAAAUACGUCUCAAAUGGAGAAAAAGUUGAAGCUUCGAAAUUUUAAUCUUAUUACUCAUCGAAAAUUGCAACCUGUUGUCACUCCCAUGGAAAUGAAAGAGCAUCUACAUAAAUUAAAAGAAGCUCAUGCUAAAAUUAUAAUUGCAGACAUACAAAUCAAAAAUGCCGCCAUUCUUUUUUGCGAAGCGCACAAAUUGGGGAUGACUCAACAAGAUACAUAUGUUUGGUUUCUGCCACCUUGGCUGCCAAAAGAUUUUAAAAUGUGGCAAAGUAUAGUUAACAGUAGCUGUACUGCGAGUGAGCUCAGAAAUGCAAUCGAAGGUCACUUUAGUGUAAGGCAUACUCCAUUUGGUAACCCUGACUCAAUAAUGCCGGAGGGUAAGCCAAUAAGGGCUUGGUUAGAUGAAUACAGAAACCAAUAUGGAGAGCUUUCAAACUAUGCAGGUUUUACUUACGACGCUGUUUGGGCCUAUGCGAUCGCCGCACACAAAUUGCUUCUUAAGGACCAGUAUGCUGUCAAUCAUUUAAGGAAUACUGAGAUUGUAAAUCGGCUCAGUGAACUAAUUGGGCAAACUAAUUUUGAAGGUUUGUCCGGUCAUGUUUCCUUUGCCCAAGGAGAGCUUGUGGGAUCACGUAUUAUCGAUUUGGACAUUUUACAGUGGAAAAAUGCUAGCUAUGUAAAAGUGGGAAAGUUUAAGCCCACCAUAAAGGGUAGGGGAGCCGGUAUGCAUAUAUGCGGAGGUAAUUUAUCGUUGAACUUCAACAAUAUAUUAUGGUUAAAAGGUGUAGUGCCAGAGGAUGGAAGAUAUGACUGCCGGUUUUCGAGAUUAGCUCGUACAUUGCGAGUAAACUGUGAUACGGCUGCGAUGUAUUUCGCCAUAAUAUUGUGUUUACUUACAAUUUCAUUAAUAUCAUUUAUAUCGUUCUGGUUCUGGAAGAAACGCUAUAGCCGUAAGCUGAAACGAUCGGCACAGAUUAUGAAAAUGUUUGGGAUAGACCUGCUUUCUCCAUCGCAGAAUAAAAUGAACACUUUAGAUAAAUGGGAAAUUCCAAAGGAGAACGUUGUGGUUAACCGUCGUCUAGGGGAGGGUGCAUUCGGUAUGGUUUACGGUGGAGAAGCACAGAUAUCUUCUGGCCAGUGGACUGCGGUAGCUGUAAAAACGCUGAAGUCUGGGCAGUCUAUGGAAGAUCGAUUGGAUUUCUUGUCCGAAGCAGAGGCAAUGAAGAAAUUCGAUCAUAAAAACAUUAUAAAGCUAUUAGGCGUUUGUUUGCAAAAUGAACCAAUAUAUACAGUAAUGGAGUUCAUGUUGUACGGCGACUUAAAAACAUAUCUAUUGGCCCGUAGGAAUAUGGUGAAAGAAAAGAUUACAGAUGACUGUGAUAUUUCAUCAAAGCGUCUUACGCUGUAUGCUAUGGAUAUUGCAUGUGGUCUUGCUUACAUAGCUGAAAAGAAGUACGUUCAUCGGGACAUCGCGCUCAGAAAUUGUCUAGUAAAUGCCCAGCGUGUUGUCAAAAUUGCAGACUUUGGUAUGGCUCGACCAACGUUUGAGAGUGACUAUUAUAGGUUUAAUAGAAAGGGCGUUCGUAAGCUUUUUCCCGUUCGUUGGAUGCCACCAGAAACACUAGCCUUGGGAUUAUUUACUCCAGCUUCUGAUAUAUGGUCAUUCGGUGUGGUACUCUAUGAAGUAAUUUCAUUCGGCUCGUAUCCCUAUCAAGGUCUAACGAAUAAUCAGGUGCUUGAUUUUGUAAAGAAUGGUAAAACGAUGCAUAUACCGUUCGGAGUUAAGCCGCAACUAGAGGGUCUCUUAAAAGCAUGCUGGAGCCAGGAAGCAAGCAAACGGCCUACUGCUUUGGAGGUUGUGGAGUAUAUUUCCAGCUACCCUCGACUAUUAACUCCUACUCUUGAGGUCCCUGCCACUUGUAUUGAAAUGCCGGAAAGUCAAUCUGAUCAAAUAAAGGAGUGUGAAGAAUUGAGCAAUUUGACCAUUUCGCCCAAUGCUGAGCCCGAUGCUAUAUUCAAACCUCUUUGUGAUACUGGUUCGUUUACACCAAUAACCCCAGAUGGUUACAGUAUAAUGUCUCCACUUUUAAUGCCCCAAGGCAAUGAACGGUCUAGCUCAUAUAUAAAUUAAUAUUGUAUAUUUUUUUUUUAAAUUUACACACUAAAUUUACGCAAACAAUAAGAAAUCUCCACACAAAUAAUAUCAUUAAAAUAUAACUAAUUACUAAGAAUCAAACAUACAUACAUUCCUAAUAUUCAGAGUCUUUGAUAUGGUACAUGAAUUUUAAAUUAAUUAAGCUUCUUAUGUUUUAAUUUGUGUAAUUUGUGGUUUAUGUUUACUUUUAUCUAAUAU